GCUGUAAAACACCAAAGCCGUAAUAUCAGCGAGGCUUGUUUUUCUAGUACGCAGCAGGCGCUCAACAGUGAUGGAAAGGUGUAUGCAGAAUUCGCGAGGACGUAAAAAUUAAAAAUGCACGUCUUUAUGCAACGUUAAGGCACAAGGAACGGAAAAGAAAGGAGCGGGUGAUCAUUUCACGAUGUCUGCCAAUAACAACUUGAUGUCCAAGAAGAUCCGGACGGAGUACAUGAAGAAGUUCAGGGAUCCCAAGUGGGAGACGUUCUCGAAAUGCUACGAGGACUCUGUGAAGUACAGACUGACGCGGAGGCUGAUGGAGCAGACGCACAGGCCGCUAUUCGGAGACGGAUGGGACAGCGGGUCCGACUCGAGCGGACGGUCCAGUCCCAAACAGAAGGAAGGGAACGUCUCAAAUGCCAAACACUACACAUCCUCAUCGGAGUCCAAGAACGACAACGCAGAGGACUCCUGGAAGCCUCGGGUGAAUGGAGAGGUUCACACGGAUACCAGUGCAACCGUGGAAAGCUCUCUUCCCUUGGAGAACGGUUGCAAAGAUGCGGCUCCUAACGGGCCAUCGGAGUCUAACCCGAAGCGGAGACAGAGACGCAGGGCGCCGCGUUCGGAGCCGUGCUACCCUAAUAAGCAGCUGGACAGCGAUGAAUCUCAGCUAUCCGUAUCAAGAAAACCGUCCAGGGCCAAGAGCCAACCGCCGGGCAACACCAAGGAGCGGGCGUCCAACCGUGAGAACAGACGGUCUUUUAUCCGUUACGACUGGGCUGAAAGGCACAUCGAGACCAGGGACAGAAGGACACCAAAUAUGAGAGCGUCUAUGUCCGCUGGAGAGAUUCAUCAGGCUGAUGUGGGCGUCCAGACGCGAAGAGAGGCUAAAAAGGGCGGGAGAUUGUCAGAGCACCGGCGGGCAAGGUCAGCUGACCUGGAGAAGUGCAGAAGAUCAGCGCUGAGCGUGGCGGACGAGCGCUGGAUGACCGAGUACAUGCGCUGCUUCUCCGCUCGACUGAGGUAGAGGCUCGAGAACGAGAUCCCAAACCAGCAAAAACUCGAAAGAAAAGUUACACGCAUUCCUUUAAAUUCGAUACGAGAUGCAGUUAAUUCAUAUUUUUUUGAUGCUGGCUACAAUCACUUUGCUAUGAAUGCAUUGAAGGACCAAACAUUUAAAUAUUACACCAAAAAGGUGAUUUCACUUCCUAGCUAUUAGAAGGUUUCAGACUUUUAACGUGGGCCGCAGGGAUUUAACGGUCCAAAUUCAUUUCUGAGUGGACCAAACACGUAUUAUUUCUGAUUGUUUAUGCCGAUCUCUAGCGAAUGUUACUCUACACGCUGUCGUCACAGUGUCAGCUGUGCUGUUUGUUCUCUUGAAUGUGAUUGACUGAUGUUUGGUUUGUUUUCACCGAUCACACGUGUUUGAGAGGCCGUGUUGGAAGUGCAGUGCUGUGCAAGUCGUGAAAUGUUUUCUAAAAAAAAAGUGCAUUUUCCUCACCGAUCGCCGACGGUCGUCAUUUUAAUCCACUUUUUUUGCACAAAGAUGUCGAGUUAUUAAUAUUUUUAGAUGGAAAAAUAAUUGAGGGCUGCUUGAAGACCAUCAUUUGAUUCUUGUGAAUGUGAUCAUUUAUUAUGCAUUGAGUUAUUUAUUGGAGCACAGGUCUGGUAUGAAAAUACGUAUUUGCUCACGUGUAUAUCUUUUGCUUUUUUCUGUGAUAUUUAACAAUGCAUCAGCGCCGUGACGCUUUACUGGGGGACAUUUCCUUAAUAAUUGGGUUGCCUGUCAUCUAGACUAUUUCAUAAAAGGAAACUCAUUCUGUUUAAGGCUACUGACGCUGAUGUUCUUGAAUGAAGUAUAUGAAAUAUGCUAACUUGUUGAUUUUCUUCAGCAAUGUUUACAUUUUGAUCACCGUAUUUGUACAUGAGAACAUGCACAGGUAGAUAUAUUUUCAUCUGCAGAACAGAAAUACUCCUAAUGCAUUGCAGUGAAUAAAAUAUGUUUGAGUAA